AUGGCUGUUGACAUUAAAGACAACAAGGAACAUCAUGUCGACCCCACUGUCUCUCCCCACAAGGAAAAUGUUGAUAUGGUUGAGUCUGGUUCAGCAAGCAGCCAAGAGCUAGGCUACGAUGAGAAGCAAACCAAGAAACUCAUCCGCAAGAUGGACUGGGCUCUGCUGCCCUUCCUGGCCUUGCUGUACCUGCUCUCUUUCCUCGAUCGCACAAACAUCGGCAAUGCUCGUCUCGCCAACCUGGAGGAGGAUCUCAACAUGUCUGGUCUCGACUACAACGUUGCUCUAUCCAUCUUCUUCCCCUUCUACGUUGCCGCUGAGAUUCCAUCCAACAUGAUGAUGAAGAAGACCCGCCCUUCUUUCUGGAUCCCCACUAUCAUGGUGGCCUGGGCUAUCUGCUGUACUCUGAUGGGUAUUGUGACUAACUAUGGCGGCCUCUUGGCUGCUCGCGCGGCGCUUGGUAUUGCCGAGGGUGGUUUGUUCCCUGGUGUCACCUAUUACAUCACUCUAUGGUACCGUCGGCACGAAUGCGGUCUCCGCAUGGCUAUCUUCUUCUCCGCUGCCACCGCUGCCGGUGCGUUCGGUGGUCUUCUUGCUCGUGGUAUCACGGAAAUGGAUGGCCUUGCCGGUUUGGGCGGCUGGGCGUGGAUCUUCAUCCUCGAGGGUAUAAUCACCUUCAUUGUGGCCAUCGUCGCCUAUUUCGUCAUGCAGGACUAUCCUUCCACCGCCAAGUUCUUGACCGAGCCCGAGCGCAAAGAAGUCACACGCCGUCUGGUGCAGGAUCGCAAUGCCCUGGCCGACGAAUUUGACAUGAAGUACUUCCGACAAGCUAUGAAAGACUGGAAGAUCUGGGUUCACAUGUUCAUCACCAUCGGUUGCUACACUCCUCUUUACUCGAUCUCGCUAUUCCUACCAACCAUCGUCCGCACUCUUGGCUACACCAACGAGACCGCCCAGCUGAUGACCGUUCCCCCCUACGUCGUGGCCUGCAUCUGCUGUAUCACCGGCGGCUGGCUCGCCGACCGCAUGCAAACCCGUGGCGUCUUCAUGAUUGGCUUUUUCGUGACGGCGCUCGUCGGCCUCAUCAUGCUCAUCUCCUCGGACUCGCCCGGCGUCAAAUACGUCGGCUGCUUCUUCUUUGCCUCCGGCAUCUACCCCAACGUGCCGCAGGGCGUGGCCUGGAACGGCAACAACAUCGGCGGCUCCCUGAAGCGCGGCGUCGGCAUCGCCAUGCACGUCGGCUUCGGUAACUUGGGCGGUGCCAUCUCCGGCUUCAUCUACCUCAGCAAGGACGCGCCCCACUACCGCCAGGGCCAUGCCAUUCUUAUCGGCAUGAUCACCAUGUCAACCGUGCUGUCCAUCUUCAUGACCCUCUACCUCCGCCGCGAGAAUAGGCGCCGCGAGGCCGAGCACAAGGACCCCGCCACCUAUACCGACGACGAGAAGUAUGCUGAGCGGGAAAAGGGCGAUGACGCCACCUUCUUCCGUUUCACGGUGUAA